AUGUCUUCGAGCUCAUCCAAAUCACCAGUGAGAUUAAUUCUAUUCGACGUAUUUGACACCUUAUGUACGCCCAAGUUACCGAUUCACGAGCAAUACUACGAUGAAGCCAUGAAAGGUGGAGUUUCACCUCAUAGUAUAACGCCGCUGAGUGUGAGACAAGCUUUCAGACCUGCCUUCAAGGCUAUCGACUCCAAAUGGCCACUAUACGGCAAACAUGCUACUCCUGCAUUAACACCCGAGGAAUGGUGGACAAAGAUUAUAUAUCAGACGUUACUUGAGGCUGGAGCUGAGAAAAAGGAUCUCGACGAGAACAUAGGAGUCAUAGGUCCUGCCUUGAUGAGUAGGUUUGAAAGUGAUGAAGGCUAUAGGAAUUUCCCAGAGACGACCAGCUGUUUACAAGAACUUCGCCAGAUGGGGGUCAAAACUUCCAUAACAUCAAAUGCGGAUCCAAGGAUUUUGAAAACGUUAUCAUCCCUUGAAAUCUUACCUCUUUUAUCGCACCCGCCGACUCUAUCAUGGGAUGUGGAAUCUGCUAAACCUUCUUCCAGAAUCUUUCAUGCGGCAUGUAAAGCAUGUGAGGAGGAUGUAGGAGAAGGAGUAAUAAUGAUCGGCGAUGAAUUGAAAGCUGAUUUCCGCGGUUCGACGCAGGCUAGCCUCGAAGGACGGCUAAUAAGACGCCAUGGAGAAUGGUCAGAUGGGGCUGCCAGAGCAUCGGGAGAGGAUUUGAGUGGAGUGAACGUAAUAGCUUCGUUAGCGGAAGUAGUGGGUGAAGUUAAAAGGAGGAACAAUGUGAGCUGA